AAAGUGCCUUUCUUGCCUACUUUUCGGCCAGGUAAGGGAGAGCUAUCGCGGUAGGCCUAAAACGCUGCGAUCCCGAAAUAAUCGUUCCUCGUGGGAUGCUUCGCAAUGACCGCCGACGAGAUCGCGUGCACCGUCUUCAACCGGGAGACGACAAGGUGACGGCCCGCCGGGACUGCGAGCGGCGAUGAAGCAGCGUCGAUCAUCGACUAGCCGUCGCGACGUUCGACAGCAAACCGUCGGGGCCGCCAUGGGUUGGUUGCCUGUCGCGGAUCGGCCGCUGCUGUGUGUGGUGCCGUGCUGCUAGCGUGUGCUUCGGCUGUGCUCGGGCGCCCGUGAACCGCCGCGAAAUCGCGCGCCCUGCCUUCCGCACGAGCCUGUGUGUGUGUGAGCGGCCCGUGCGUUGAACGUGUGAUGAAAACUCAAGUCAACGCGCCCGUUCGCGCCAUUUGCGGCUGGGGGAAAUAGCCAGUGUUUCGUUCGGCUGUUGUUUUUUUGUUUGUUUCUUUUGCUGCAUCCCACCACAAACCACCGCUUCUGCUUCGUGAGUGUCUCGUCUCAUUCGGUGGACUCACAAUCGCUCAUCUCCCGAAAGCGCUGCCCAAAAUCACAUGGCAACAACAUGACUGAUCAAGCAUGGAUGUCCCGAUCAGUGAUUCAGAGGAACUGUGCACCGCGCUUAGGUGACUUUCGGAGAAGAUGCCAAGGAAGUUCAAAACACAAGAUGGGAAUCCGUCUGAAGCCAUCCGGGGCCUCUGGGAGGGAGCAUACGUGUCACAGUUUGUGCGCCUCUUUCAGCGUAAAUUUGGAUUUCAGAGCCUAACAACUCAGGAAUUGGAAGACUCACUUCUCAAUCCCAAGAGCCUGGUUGUUCCCGAUAUCUGCGCUCGGCUGCUCAGGUUCAUCACCCGGCAGUCCUCCGUUUUGAUCUCCAAUUUUGACGAAAGUCUUUGUGAACUCCUGCAAGAAAAGGAAGUUCAAUUCACAAAGGGACCCUGGAGAGACCUCUCUCCAGGAGACAAGCUCCUGACCGUCAAGUGGCUACUGGACUAUGUGUACGAGUCUCGAGAGGAAGAGCUGUCUGAAUUCUUGGAUGACCACUUCGACGCUGAGGAUUUGCGUGGCAUUCGUGUAGGUCAAGACGCUCUUGACAAUGUUUACUGGUAUUUGGAAGACCUGCGCCUGUAUCGUGAACUGUGCCCCAAGAAGCCCCAACGCAGCCGGGAGUGGGACUGUGUCUGCCUGACAGUGUCGGACUGGCAGGGCUUCCUCAAGCAGUUCCGCAAGUCCUCCAACCCGCGGGAGAAACAGUUGCACACCUUCCUCUCAUCGCACCUCUUCCCCAUUGUCCAGGCCCAGGCACAGGCAUUGAAGUGUGAAGAGCGUGACCUGGAAACAGAGAACCGUUGGCUUCUCGAGCGGGAGCAACACGAGGUUCUCCUUCCUCGGCCGGGUUCCGACAUGAAGUGCAACGGGGCCCCCUCAGUGGACAAGGCCGCCACUGAGCCUCAGCCCGCAGCAGCGGCCGACGAGUGUGGGCCCAAGGCAGCGCCAGCCAAGGAAGCAGCGCCCACCUGUCCGGCGGAAGCCGCCGGAGCUGGAAACGUUGGUCGCGCUCCAGGCACGCCAGUUUCUGCCGCAGACGUUGCCGCGUCUGGCGGAGUUCUUGUCAACGGGGGUGGAAGCCUUCCACCUGUGACUGGUCCACCCUUGCCUGACAGUGGACCACCAAUGUCCAUGCUGGGUGAUAACCCGGGUGAUGGAAUGGUCGCAGGCAAUAAGGAUAAUCCAGGAGCCUUGGGCGUGCCCACCUCCUCCGAUGCUGCAGCAGCAGCAGCAGCAGCAGCAGCAGCAGCAGCUGGCCCCAUGCUGCCUUCAAUGUCAACGCAGCAGCAGCAUCAGCAGCAUCAUCAGCAGCAUCAGCAGCAACAGCAGCAUCAGCACCAGCAGCAGCAACAGCAGCAACCCAUGGGGGUUCCACAGCAGCAGUUACCUCCACACCCGCACCACCAUGCAGGCGGCACUCUCACCAUGGGAAGCGGUGCACCACAGCUCUCCCACGGUGGCAUGCCCUCGCACAUGGUACCGCCUCACCAGCAGCAUCCACAGCCACACCCAGGAGUCGGACCGUGCAAUCCGCUCACGGGUACGGCACACAUGGCAGGGGGAAACAUGGCCGUUGGAGGACCAAGCCCCAUGGGAGGACCGGGCAUGGGGGGACCUCAGGUGUUGCCCCCUGGUGGCAACAUGGGCACUUCAGGGCUCCACAGGCCGCCAUCGGGGCCAUCAAUGCCCCCUGGUGGAGCAGGCUGCCCCAUGCCUCCACAGGGUGGUGCAGGUGUUGGUGGUGGUGGUCUGGAAGCACAGUACAUGCAGCAGCAGAGCCAGAUCUUCGUCUUCACGACAGGCCUGGCAAAUCAGGCGGCCGAGGCUGUGCUGACCGGACAAUGCCCCAGCAUCAUUGCAUUCCACUGUGCACAGCCAGGAACUAAGCGUAUUCUUGAGAAGCACCCCCUCAAGAUCCAGCAGUUCAGCAAGCAGAACCCGGCUGCCUGGCUCAACACCCUGGCCCAAAUGAAGCAGCGGGGUGCCCAGGGGAUGCCGGGGGGCCCCAUGGGACCGACUCCCGGUGGGGGUGGGGCCAUGAAGGUGCCGCAGACAUUUGGCCCUGGGUUCUGCGGCCCUCCUCACGCGUGUGGACCAACCCAUCCCGGCGGAGCUGGCUGGCAGCCUCAGGAGUCUUGGGGAGCAGGCCCCUAUGGCCCCGCAGGCAUGGCACCGCAGAGGGGCCCAUCACCGGCCGGCAGCCGAGGACCUCAGCAGGGCCAUCAUCCUCAGGGCUGCGGACCACCCAAUGGCGGCUGCUUCCCGGCAAGCGGAGGGGCCUACCCUGGCAUGGGAGGACCCGGUUGUGGUGGCAAUCCUGCCCAGAUGAAUGCGGGAGUCAAAGUGCCCGACGAAAACCUGACGCCCCAGCAGAGGCAGCACCGUGAAGAGCAGCUAGCCAUGAUUCGUAAGAUGCAAAAGCUGCUCUUCCCAGACCAGCAAGUCAUGGGCAACGCGACGGGGCCCCCCGGCCAGCAGCAGCAGCAGACCGGGGCUCCCCAACAGCCACAGGGGGGUGUGGCACCCCCCCGCCCCAGGGGCCCCGACCAGUUUGGGCACUGCGGCGACCACCAGCACGAAGGGGCAAGCGUGCCUCCGCAAAUGCAGCAGCAGCAGCAGGCGCAACCGCAGCAGCAGCAACACUUUGGUGCAGCUCCCACGCAGGAGCCUUGUUCCCAACAAAAAAGAAAAAGAAAAAAAAGAGAAAAUGUUUCAUCUCAACCAGACGGGCAGAGCCUCGGAUCGCUACAAAGAAACGUCAACCAGAAGCCAGCAUCAGUGAAGCGUGAAGACUGGAUCACGUCUUCAGCCUCUGGAAACCAGGCAUGCUGUUGUGCAGGGCCCCAGGGAGCCAUGAUGGGCCAUCCACCGGCCGACUGGCAAGCCCAGCAGCAGCAAGGUGGCAUGACGGCCCAAAAGCCAUACCUCGAGGAUCGGCGCCGCAAGGGGGCUGCUGCCACCACUCAACCGCAGGGGCUCUUCCCUGCGUGCGGCAGCGAGUUCUCGGCCUCCGGCUCACCCAGUGGCUACAUUACACGGCCGGGAUCCUGCCCCAACCCAAACUUCAACAACGGCACCACGGGUCCUGCGGCCAGCUCUACAGGCAACAGGCCCAGUUCGUGUGCUGGCUUUAACUCUCCCGGUUCCUUCUCAAACCCGCCGACACCUUCUGGUUUCCCCGGUGCGCCAGGAGCCAGUCCGGCUGGCCCGUCAUCUAGUUUCCCCAAUGCACCUGGUGCCAGCCCCGGCAUGGUGUUCAGUCCUGGUGGAGUAGGCCAACAGCAGCAGACAUCUGCGGGCUCCUUUGGCGGUCGGCCUCCUGCCCAGUGUGGUGGAGGUGGAGGUCAGUUCCCAGGAUCCGCGCCCUGUGGCAGUCCAGCCCUCCAGCCGUUCUCGCCAUCGGUUCGCGGGUCCUCAGGGUCCAGCCCACCAAACUACGGCGGGAGUGGCGCAGGCGGCAGCGCGAGCCCGGGCACCGUCCCGCCGCCACCACGAAGUCCCGCAUCUGGCGCGAGCCCGCGUCUCCAGCAGGGGCCACCGCCACCCUACGGUGCGAGGGGUCCGAUGGCGCCCAGUCCCCACCCACCGACGUCGCCGUCCCCUCGUCUUGGCACAGCAUCCCCAGCGACCGACCCUGGUGCCCGGCAGUUCUCCCAUCCGGUUGGCGGCGGUCGGUUGGCCAACCCUAGCCCUGGCAGUGUGCAGACGACACCACUGAGCUCACCCAAGCCCUGUCGCGGGGGCCCGCACACACCGACCACACCCGGUGGGGGCAGUGCCGUGCCCAGCCCAUCGUCGGCAGGAAGCUCACGGAAGCGGUCGGCCACUCCACUCACACAAGAUCAACCAGAGUUUGUCACUGGCAUCAACACGUCUGCAUCGACGGGUGGGGGUAGUCUAGGUCAUCCUGGUGGUCUUAAAGGUGAGCCCGGCCUGAUGCCAGUGCCCUCGCCACAGCAGAUUCAGUACCUUGGUUCCUUAGAGAGCCAGGAGCUCACUAUCCAGAAGCAGGCCAACCUGGGGGUGCCCGAUGGUUCCCUGAGCGCGCAGGGGGGACCCCCUCACGGGGGGAACCCCAUGGGCCAGAACCCCAUGGGGCCGACGGCAGCGACACAGGGGAUCAUGCCCCAGCAACAGGGCAUGCUGCAAGGCCUCGGACACCCAUCAGAAAUCCCGCCUCUGGACAUGGGCCCCAGUCUGGCCUCGGAGAAUUCCCAAGGAUCGUACCACUCUUCGUGUUCCUCUGGCAUGGAAGGUGCCACUCCUCGCAUGGGCCCAGCCAUGUCGGAUGGUACAGGGGGCCCACGCUUUGCAACGAGUCCCCCCUACGAUACACGAUUCCCAGGAGGAGCACCACACGAAGCACCCGGCUUUGGCUACAUGGACCCCCGGUGCAGGGUUGGUGUAGGGCCCGAGCCAGACCCAACGGACCCGUCACAGCAGGGCCGCUUCCCUGCAGCGCACCACCCGGGCUUCGCUGCUGGUGCCAUGCCGCCGCAUCAGGGGGCUGCAUUUCCUGGGGCUUCCCAGGCUGGGCCAACAACGGGAGCACGUGAUUUUGGCGAGCCGAUGAUGGGUGCUGCGGGUUUCCCAAGGCCCGGCGGCGGCUAUGCCGGCGACGUUCCCCACUCGCCCCACAUCCAGAGCCUGCAGAAGAUGACGCCCCCUUUUGAUGGCAGCGGUAAAGGAGACGUGCCAGCAGACCCACUUAAUGGACCCCAUCGUGGAAGUCCCGGCUGCAUGGUGCCUCUUGAGCAGGCUUCGGCACAGUUUAUGGGCGGUGGUGGCGGUGGACCCAUGAUGUCUCAUGGUAGGGGGGCUGCCACGGCUGCAGCAGCACCAUAUCCUACGAUGGCCCCCGCCCGCAACUCACCUGGACCGCGUGCACGGGGCCGUGGCUCUGCGAACUCUGCUGCAGCAGCAGCUGCAGCAGCUGCGGCUGCUUCCUUUGGAGGUGGAGCCAACGUGCAAGUGAAGCUUGGUGCCCCGAACACCAUCCAGUACCUCCCUGCGCGACCUCAGAACCCAGUGGCAGCACCGCCGCACCGAGCACCAAGCUUGGAUUUCCUCCAGCGUUUCACAACGCCGCUAACCAACCUCGACACAAAGGUGCCCACACAAAACCUACAGUACUUCCCACCAUCGGGACCACCCCAGAGGACGGGUCCUGUCAUGAUGAUGCGAGGAGGGCCCGGUGGGCCUGGGGCCUAUGCGGGAGCACGUGGGUUACCCCCAAUGGACGCAUACGGUGGAGGCCCCAAUGGUCCUCAGCAUGGAGGGAUGCCUGUAAAUGCUAUGUUUCAGGGUGGCAAAGGACUGCGGCCGGCAUCUCCCGGAGGUGGUGCAGGUGGUGACGUAGUGUCGCAGCCAUUGCCUCCCACUGUGGGCCAGGCAUUCAGCUACAAGCAGGGCCCCUUCUAUGGACCCACGACAGCCGACCCCAACUAUGCGGUGCAGUUCCACAACUUUCAGCAGCAGCUCUACGCCACAAAUACCCGCAGCCAGGGUGCGACAACGUCGGGGCCGUCGGGCGCGACAGCAGCUGCCGCGGGGUUCUUUGGCCCAAAGUGACUUGACCGCUUCCCUGCUCCGUCUCUCGGGGAAGAAAGGAAGGAAAAAUGUGACCCCCCCUCUCUCGUGCACCAUCUUUCUCGGCAGUUGUGUGUUCUCCAAGCCUGAGUCAUCAGUGCGUGACUCCCAUUUCCCACACGCGUGACACAGGUCGGGCGAGUUGCACAGUUUGGGGGCGCUACGAGGGAGCUGUAGACACUGUGGGACAGGGAGUGCUCAGGUUCCAAAGCGCAACUUUGAUGGCCUCUCGUCUGUGUGCGUGACCAGAGCCGACUUUCUUUUGCUCAACAAGGCUCGAUGUGGCCAGCGGAGCCGCCCCGCCCCCGCAUCACAGGUUUCUUUGGUGUCGCCAUCGAGGAGGCACGUGGCUUCAUCUCGGUAGGACCUACGUGAUUUCGGUGAAAUGUGCUGUUCUUGCAGCAGUCUUGCUGAGGAGGAACCAGCACUCAGAUGUCCGUGCCAUCUUUUUUCGAGAUCAUAAGUGUUUUGGCCCCCCUUUUCUCAGUGGCUUUGGUGUUGAUGGGGCCCCUCACUGGUUGUUGUUUUUUCUCGUUUUGUUGGCAGUUGUUCCUGGUGCCGCGCUUCUCAUUGAUUUUGUUUUCAUGUUUUACAAGCCUGAUGGAAAGAAUAUAUAUAUAUAUAUAAAUAGAGUGGGGGGAAGACGCAUAAAUUGAAGGCCAUUUUGCCAAGGGAUGCUGAACUUCUUUUACAUAGCUAGCCUUUUGGCAGCACGGCCUAUAGUGGCAAAUCAUAACGGUCAAGCUGAUGGCUACCUAGCACUUGCAGAUUAUCUUUAUUUAAUGGUUGUGUGCUAUCGCAGCUAGAUACCAUGGGCCAUUGCGAAGGGACACAGGCAUUCUUGAUGGCUGCUUCUGUUGCUUCACGUAAGGCAGCUCACUCUUUUUAUUUUUUUCUUAUACCUCACCCACUGACUCAAAAUGUGUUUAUGGUGUGCCAUGUUUGUGGUAACAUAAACCUGUCUCGCAUGGAAGACAAGUGUGCAGCUUGUUUCUUUCAGUGCCAACCAGGUGUUAUGUUUAGAAAGAGCAAGGGAACUAUUGCUGAGCUGAGAGUCUCCUACGCACAACCUUUUUUGGCCUACUAUUAAGAAUGUUGUUUCCAAAGAACCCCUGCUUCACUUAUUUUUUCUAGACAAGCACGAGUUCUUUUCGUUUAUUCUGUCCCCUGCUCUAUGCCACCCUAUUCGGUUUUUGCUUUGCCCACGCAAAAUUGGAAGGGGAGUGAUUUUUCUGCUCAAUUUUAUAUAAAGUGCAACUGAGAGGAGAAUGAGGAACAAAAGAAGAAGAAAAAAAGGGCGAAAAUACAAGAUACGUCACUCAUCGUGUCAGCCAUAAACCUAAGUUAUUUAUCAUGAAAAAGAAAAGUUGUCGUCUUCACUGUGGUCUCUUCUGUUAUUUUUAGCCUCUUUAUUAUUUUUAUAAGCAGUAUACCAUUUACCUACCUUUAAGUCAAACUGACAAGUGUUUAGUUUUGUGCUAGGUUAUUUCUGAAAACAAAGUUGUUCUGUGUUCCUCACAAGUGAGAUCCCGUCCAUGGAGUUUGUAAAGAAAAAAAUAAGGGGGAGGGCAAUGAAACCUCUCUGGCAGAGCAACCUCGCUAUAUACGACUGCAGCUGCGUUGACAACACACCUUCUCACCCUCUCUUUCACUGUAUAUCUCUUCCUCUCACCGUCAUUCACACAGUAUCUCCCAUACAAUGUGACUGGAAGGAUGUGCAGCCUUGCAUCUUGUGCACCUGGUAAGGCUGUCUUUAAAAAUGUUUCACCUGUGCAGCAGUCUGAAUUUAUUUAACUAAUUAACAAGUUUCACUUAUUUCCAUCUGCGUUGUACUUUGUGCAGGGGGAUGGGAGAGGGUAUGUUCACAAGUUAUUACCAUAGGUACAAGCGUACUUUCAGCAAUCAUUGAAAGUUUGCAUAUGGAUUCAGACUGUGAAGGUCUCGCGUCGUAUUCAAAGCAACAUAGUAUGAGAAAUUUAAUAAAAAAACCUUCUUCUCACUUGUUUCUGCUAGGCUUGUGUGAAUAUUCGAACGAGUAUUACAGUAUUCGAAUUCGCUUCAGCACAAAUGUAAAUUAUUGUAAGUUUCAAUGUAUUCGAAAUGAACGAAUUGACAUAAAUUGCAUGUAACCCCGCCCUUGUAAAGGUGGUUUCACUGCGGUGGAGGGGCGCUAUACCGUGAAUACAUCUAUCCAGGGCAAAUCUGUCCUGCUGCGAAGCCCCACUUAAAGGUUAAAUGAACAUAUUACUCUCACAUAGGUUCAUAACUUAAGUUUAAAAGCUCAUUAUACCAGCGUAUAUGCUCUAAGUAUAGUAAAUUUUAAAACGUAAUGUGUGUUACAGGUUAUCACUUGCAUUCUACUGAAAGUCAAAUCCUGCUACUAUUCAAAGUUGCUGCCACUUCCCUUUGAACCAAAGAGAAUGACAUUUACACGUGCCUUGUUUCAAUUUUAAAAAUAUUGUGCAGGUUAGCUGGGCCAUGACAAAUAUGCGCAUUUUUUAAUAUAUUUCAUAUGUGAUAUGUACUAUUCGAAUUCAAUUCGAAAUUACCUGAAGUAACGUAGAGCACUGGGUGAGUUGGUAGAGAUUCAUGUCAAAGCGAAGCCCCCGUCCUGUGUUCUUUACUGUGUUUUCCUUGCGCUUCGCUUCGACAUCAAUUCGAAAUUAUCUGACCAAAUCACUAUUCGCUUCGAACUUUCUUUGAACCUAAAAUUUACUAUUCGUUCAAGCCUAGUUUCUGCAAGUACAUUUUUAACUUUAAUGAUCAUCAGACUAGUAACUAUGUUGUAUGAACUUCCACGCUUUUUGUUGGAAGAAAGGACUAAAAUUUCACUUUACACGGUUUUCUUCCUUCUCAAAUAUGGGAAGCAGAAAUACGGAGAAUGAAUUAAAAUCAAACGAAUAGUCCCUGAGAAUAUUCAUGUAAGAGUACUAGCCUGGUAUGCAAUAUUUCUGCAGCGCUUGAGCUUUCAAGUAUACGUUAAGUGUCGCAUCACUAGCAAUUCGCUGCAUAAACAGAAAAUGGGCCGAUGAAUCUGACACUCAUCUUCCUCACUGGCACAGAUUGGUGUACUGUGACAAAAAUCCAUAAGGCGCUGGCUGCACAUCCUUCUAGCUGUAUCAUUCUCUCGUUAACAGCAUACACACAAUGUCCCACCAUGCAUGGCUCUCCUCCUGUCGUUGCCUAAUGGGAUGCGCAAUUUUCCGACUCGCAUUUAGUUUCUUUUGUAAGGUAAGAUGGAAAGAAGCGGGUGAUGAAAAAAUAUAAAUUGAUCACGAAUGAAUGAUCAGAAGCGGGCACCAUUUUCAUGGCUCAUCUUAAAUAAUGACCCGCACAUGCAAGGAAAAUGCUCAAAAUGGGAGAGAGCUCAUCCCGUCCCCACACCAUCACAUCUUUGCACUGUCGAGUGGUUCUUUCCCAUUUAUCAAAUGUUCUCAACAUCUUUUAAAGAUCUUUGUUGUAUCUUUGUGUACCUGCUUUCCUAGCACAAUAGAGUUUCCCUUAACACCUGCCUGGAACUGAAAAGCGAUGUCUCGGCAUCUGUCCAACAUCGUCGAACAGUACUACCUGUGGGUCAAAGAAUUUUGAAUUAAGAUGAAAAGUUCGGCACUUGCCACCAGUCAACUUUGAUCGCGUGUUUUCAUUUAAGUUCAUUAAAGUGUUCUGCAUGAGCAAGCAGUGUAGAAUAUCCUAUUGAAAAGGCGACAUUCGCUUUGGUUGCCCAACGCCAAGAAAGCUUCCUUUGUGGAACAAAUGGAGAAGUUUAGGCCAAGUUAAGUCUAGCCAAACUUCUUUGCAUCUUUGCGCACUUACAGUCGCCACACUGAGACUUUCAUGGACAGCUCCAUUGCAUUUCAGUCUAGGUGGUGUUGUAGGAAACUCUCAAGUAUAAUGCAAUACAGAUUUACCCCUCCUGUUGUCUAUAACAUGAAUAAUUUACAAACGAAAGGGGGCGCUGAUCUCGUCAUCAGUGAAUUGUGUACACAGUAGAGUUAAACAGGAUGGAUCUUUAGUUGCUUUGUGUACUGUACACUGUCAGAUACAUUGAUGUGUUGACGUUUUGGCCUGCUUAGGUAGCACCUUAUUAAACAUUUUAGGCAGUUGUACCGUGUUCAAGAGCAUGACUUUAUGUUCCUUGUUUUUUGUGUAGCACGUGCAGCAUAAAAGCAGCGUAAAGACUCGGAAAUUUGUGCAGUUGUUGAGUUGGAAGGGCUGGGUGCUGUUCCUCAUGCCAUGGCACAAUUCUUGGAAGUGCAAAAUGUUUGCCUUCAUCUCUGAUAUCCAAACGUUGUGCUUUGCAGGUUUUGGUGCUUUCUGUUGAUUGCAGCAUGCACCACUGACUGUGGGCGAAUGAUCGGUUAUUGCGGGUCUGACAGCAGGCACCAUGUUAGGUGCUCUUGCAAGGUUGCCUGCUUUGUGCAACACCUGCACUGUUGCAGCUCAAGAAAUAGCUCAGAUUGCACAAGGAAUUAUAUACAAAUAUACGAUUUUUUUUUACAGAAAAAAAUUUUGGGCACCUGACUGUCACAUUGGCCUUUCACCAUUUACAGAUGAAAUUGAGAAGCAUGCUUUGUCUACGGCAGCUUUCUGUUCAAGCCUGUGAUGGCUUCUUUUCAUCAUUACGAGCCAAUCAUCUCACAUGGGCCAUCACUUUUGCAAAGUAUGGGAAUAAUACUGCAUCAUCACCGUAAUUCUUACCUCCCGCCUGCCCCUUUGAUCUCCAAUUAAAAUAUUUUCUUUCGCUUUUCUGUUUCUUUACAUCAAGCAACAGGGUAGCGUCACCGCGCAACAAAUAAAAAAAAAAGGACACGUUGUUCGACCACUCCAGCAAUAGAGGUGAGCCGUGCGACGUCGCGCUUUUGUUCGCAGUGUCUCUUUAGCAGCCGUGUGCCAAAUCUAGAUUUCUCUCCCAAGUGCUUUUUUUUUCCUCUUCCAGUACUUUUAUUUUUGUCUUUCCCAUCGUCUUCAACUAACGUGAUGUCAUCUGCCACCUCAUACGUACACAAUUGACAGGUGGUAUUCCCAGUUUUUUGGGGUUUUUUUUUCUGUGGGGGGGGUGGGGUGCGGAGAAUUCAUGCACCUUCUGGUGAAGCUGCGGAGAUCUGGGUGCCCAGCUAGCCGCGCCCUGUGCAUUGAUUGCUUUCACUGGAGAAGCAAUAAAGAGUCUUCAGCGGGAGGGGAUCUUUUUGGGGAUGUUUUCGGGACGAGGGGAUGCGGGCGAAUUUUACCUCAAUCGCGGACGGGCGAACACCGCCGCAGUGCGAAUAGGAAAAGCAGUGUCGCGCGAGAGGGAAAUAAUUUAUGCUUUCAGCGCCGUGUACUGCAGCUUUUAAGGUGUUUUUUUUUGUUCGUUGUAGUUUUUUUUUUCUUCAUUCCACCCUGUACAAAUUGUAAGCAGAUGGUUCGUGUGUACGUAUGCCGUUGUCAUUGUACAGCUGUGCCUCGGUGUGUCUUUUUUGUGCGUCCAAGUCACUUUUCACAGGUCAGUGUGUGCUGUAUCUUGUUAAAACACGCCAGGAUCGUCAAAGAUCGUGCCGCGGUGCUGCCCCAGGCUCUCUCCCCCGCGUGCACGGCAUAUUUCUUUUAACUUUCUCAAUAUUCUUCUGGAAAAAAAAAAGAUGUCUUUUAAUGCUGUUUUUUUUUUCUCGUUUUAUUGAAAGGGUGAUAUGCUUGCUGCUUGUGUGCCUGGGGAGAAAAUUGUAUAAAGAUGUGUGCAUGGAAGCCUGCAAGAGAUGUUGAUUUGCUGUUUUUAUUAUUUUUUAAAUUUUUAUGGUAUGAAUGUGCCACGUCAUGAUGAAAAGAAGUAAUAAAAGUUUUUUUUUGCAGACAU